AUGCAUAUGAAAGAAAAACAUAACCAUUUAGAAAUAGAUUUUAAACCAAAAAAAAAUGUAUUAGAAGAAGGUAUUGAAUAUGAAAUAACAAUUGUUAAUCAACAAAUAAAAGAAAUUUUAUCUGAUGAACAAACAACAAAAAUUUUUUAUGAACCAAUAAUUAAUUCAGAUGAUAAUGAAACACAUAUAAUCGAUGAAAAUAUUGGAAAUUAUCAAUUAUUAAAUGAAUUAAAUGUUAAUGAUAUUGAAACAUUUGUUAAAUCAAAUCCAUUUGUUUUAUCAGAUACUGAUUUAAGAACUUGUAGUCAGCCACAUCAUCAAAAUCAUUUUGAUGAUUUUAAAUUAAUCGACUUUCCGGUUAUGUAG